AUGGAAAGGAGGCCAUGGAAAAACGGUGAAUCGCUGAUACUUCCACUAGGCUUCAAAUUUGUACCCACUGACGAAGAAUUGAUAGCCUAUUACUUGGCUGAAAAGAUGAGAGAUCCCACUCUAAAAAUUGAUAUAAUCACUGAACUCAACAUCUACCAAUUUGACCCUGAGCAGCUUAUAGAAAAAUAUAGACACACAAGUGAGAAAGAGCAAGAGUGGUAUUUCUUUACCCCAAGGGAUCGAAAAUAUCCAAAGGGGAACAGGCCAAAGCGUUCUACAACCAAUGGAUACUGGAAAGCAACUGGUGCAGACAAAGAUAUUAAGGAUGGAAAUGGAGAGAACAUUGGUGUUAAGAAAUGUUUAGUCUUUUACAAAGGAUUAACUCAAAAAGGAACAAAAACUAAUUGGAUCAUGCAAGAAUACAGAAUUAAAGAACAUCAAAGGGCUAUAAAUGAUGAAUCGGAUCACAUGAAGUUGGACGAUUUUGUAUUAUGCAAAAUAUAUGAGAAGAAACGUGGUAAUUCCAAUAGGAACAAUGCCUCCACAGUUGAAUCUUAUGAAAGUGAUGAAGUUGAGGUUGAUGUUGAAGGUGAUGGGUUUGAAGUUAAAGAGGAAGAGAAAGGGCAAGGACAAGGUGAAGCAGAAAAUAGAGAGGAGGAAUUUAUAUAUCAAGCUAGUGAAGGUGCGAAGAGAGUGGAUAAUGGCAUAUCUCAAGCUUAUGUGAGUGCAGAAGAAGUGAAAAAAGACAUAUUUGCAGCCAUCAACCAGAUGAUGAUUUCUGGCUAUAAUAGUUACUUGCCUCCCCUAGACCCCUUUAAUUACACAGACGGUGAAUUGCACUCAAGCCUUUAUUCGACAUACACCUCAUUUUACGUAGGCAAUGAGUUUGAACCAGCUCCAACAAUGCAUUUCCAAGAUCUUCCUCCAACAAGCACAUCAUUUAACAUAGGCAAUAAUUUUGUACCACCUCGAACAAUGCCCAUGCAGAAUCUUCCACCAACUCCAACAUACACUUCAUUUAAUAUGGGCAACAAUUUUGCACCAACUCCAACAUACACAUCAUUAAAUAUGCAGAGUCUUGCACCACAAUAUGGGAUGCCAAUACAGAAUGUGGAUCAGCGUUCUAAGCAUAUGAGCAAGAGACAAAGAAACCCUUGA